CAUGCUGACGGCGUCAUGUGCUUGUAGCUUCUUGAUCGAGCUUCAACACGAUCACCUAUAAAAAGGGCUCACUCGGGUUUCCCGCUUGUGAUCAGCACCCCACAAGAUGGUGCUGGCUGGUCUGCUCUUCGCUGCGUUGGUGUCUCUCUCUUACGGUUCCUAUGUCGACCCAGCUGUGUUGGACCAGUGUUCGGGGUAUAAUCUUGUAAAUGGGAUUUGGCAGGGACCCUCGUUCAAGGCGAAUCUCACACUACGAGGGAAAGGUUGUGCUGUCUUCGGGACAGACAUUUCGACAUUGUUGCUUGAGGUGGUAUACGAAACUGAAACGCGACUUCAUCUGAAGAUCACAGAUGCCGCCAACGCGAGGUACGAAGUCCCGGACUCCAUCUUGAACCGCCCUUCAUCAAACAUCAACAUCGCCCCGGAGAACGCUGCUAUCCAAUUCAAUUACACGGCAUCGCCCUUCUCGUUCUCCAUUUAUCGCACUCUGACCAAGGAGGUCCUCUUCUCGACCGCAAGCCAUCCGCUCAUCUACGAGUCGCAAUAUCUGCGCGUGAAGACGAGUCUUCCGGAGGAUCCGAACAUUUACGGUCUUGGCGAGCAUACGAAUCCAUUCAGGCUGCCCUUGAACACGACCCUAACGUUAUGGUCACGCGACGCAUAUGGCAUUCCCACUGGGACUAAUUUGUACGGCAAUCAUCCCAUAUACUUUGAGCAUCGCUCUACCGGAACACAUGGCGUUUUCUUACUCAAUUCAAAUGGCAUGGAUAUUAAACUCAACAAUACGGAGCCUGGUAGGCCAACGCUCGAAUACAAUGUCAUCGGGGGCGUCCUCGACUUUUACUUCCUUGCCGGCAGCGAGUCAAGUCCUGUCGAGGUUGCAAAGCAGUAUGCAGAACUUGUCGGGCUGCCAGCUGAGGUACCCUAUUGGUCUUUCGGGCUUCACCAGUGUCGCUUUGGCUACCAGAAUUUCGUCGACGUUGCCAGUGUCAUUACGAACUACGCGGCUGCAAAAAUACCCCUGGAGACUAUGUGGACCGACAUCGAUUACAUGGACGGGCGCAAGAUCUUUACCGUUGAUCCCAAUUAUUUCCCCUUGGACCGGAUGAGACAGAUUGUUCAGUAUUUGCAUGAUCAUGGCCAGAAGUACAUUCUUAUGACCGAUCCCGCCGUGGCGUUACAGGAGGGUUACGAACCAUAUGAUCGCGGAACCGAGAUGGACGUUUGGUUGAAGAUGCCCAACGGCAGUGCGGCUAUAGGACUGGUCUGGCCUGGUGUCACUGUCUAUCCUGAUUGGUUUCACCCCGACAUACAGAUGUACUGGAACCAAGAGUUCGAACAGUUUUAUAGCCCGGAUGACGGCAUUGAUAUUGAUGGAGCAUGGAUUGACAUGAAUGAGCCAUCCAACUUUUGCGACUUGCCUUGCGAAAACCCGUACGAGCAAGCGCGGCUGCAAGCGUUGCCUCCUCCAAGGACCUCUCUGCCUCCAAAUCAUGACACGCCUAUCUUUACCAACUCUGCGCCCAGAGAACUUUCGAAAAGAGAUGAUCUCUUGAACCCUCCCUAUGCCAUCAAUAACGCAGCUGGGGCGCUAUCCAGCAAAACCGCAUGGACCAACGCGACAUCUGCAAACGGAUUGAACCAAUAUAACACACACAAUUUGUAUGGAACUAUGAUGUCCAUGGCGACGCGUACCGCGUUGUUGAAUAGACGUCCGGGCUUGCGGACCUUGGUUAUCACUCGCUCGACGUUUGCAGGCGCGGGCAAGCUCAGCAUCGCCGGUAUGCUAGGAAUGGCCAGUGUAUACCAGAUCCCGAUGGUGGGAAGUGAUAUCUGUGGGUUCGGUGGAAACACGACAGAAAACCUGUGUGCGCGAUGGGCUAUGCUGGGAGGGUUCUAUCCCUUUAUGAGAAAUCACAAUUCGGACACCUCUAUUUCACAAGAGUUCUACGUGUGGCCUACUGUUGCUGAAGCGGCUAAAAACGUUCUUGAUAUGCGAUACCGCCUUAUGGAUUACAUCUAUACUGCAUUCCACACAGCAAGUCUUGACGGAACGCCCGUCCUCCAGCCCUUGUGGUUCCAAUACCCUACCGACAAAGCGACCUAUUCCAUCGAUCUCCAGUUCUUCUAUGGUGACUCCAUCCUUGUCUCUCCUGUAACAGACGAGAACUCGACUUCUGUUACCAUCUACCUUCCCAAUGAUACGUUCUACAACUUCACGUCUCUUGCUCCCAUCAAAAGCACUGGCCAACAGAUCACUUUCACCGAUAUCGGCUUCACAGAUAUUCCGGUCUUCAUUAGGGGAGGCAGUAUCUUACCGCUCCGUGUUCAGUCGACCAUGACGACCACAGAGCUUCGGGCCGAAGACUUUGAGUUUGUCGUCGCGCCCCGUGCUGAUGGGACUGCAGCGGGAAAGUUGUACCUGGAUGAUGGGUUGUCCAUUACGCCGAACGCGACUACAAAUGUGGACACGAGUUUCGCCAAUGGCAAGUUGAGCGUCUCUGGGAGCUUCGGGUUCAAAGCAGGUCGGUACAUGUGAACAAUCAGGCCGUGGAGGGUGCCCAGUACGAUGAUGCCAACAAGGUUUUGGAUGUUCCUGUUGGGCUACCACUGAACCAGGCUUUUUCGGUGUCUUUUAAAUAGGAGUAAGGUCUGGUCGAAUUUCUUUCAUAACUCGAAAUUGUGUAUAAUGGAUAAUAUACUUGUGUAAACAAG